UGUUAGGCCUAGUUCUUUUUUUUUUUUUGUUUUUUAUAACAUAUCAAAGUGUAGAACUUUACCAGAUGAGUGACAUAGACGAUGUGUUCGCCAUGCUGGGAUUCGGCAGGAUGCAGUACUUCGUGCUGUCUGCCUGCCUCCUCGUGCAGCUGUGGCUCACUAACGAGCAGCUGGGGUUCGCGGUGGUGGUCGCCGGGGCGAACUGCGAGCUGGAGCUCGACGACGAGCGGAUCUCCUGGCUGAUGGCGACCAACUUUGCCGCCCAAAUGCUAACCUGCUUGAUGUGGGGCGAACUGGCGGACAGAUUCGGGAGGCGGAGGAUCAUCAUGUGCGCGGGCCUCACCUCUAUAAUGCUCUCCAUUCUGUCCGCCUGCAUGCCGGAGUACUGGUCCUUUCUUGUCGUCCGCUCUUUGGCUGGGUUCUUUGUCUCGGCGUUGGUGGUCGCCCUCAUGACCUACCUGAGCGAGUUCACCAAGGUAUCCUUGCGUCCCCGGGUGCUCAACAUCAUGAGCUACUCCUUGGGGCUGAGCAUCAUCUACGUGGCGACGCUGGCGGGAGUCCUGCUGCCCCUGGAAACUGAUCCCGUCCAAGGGUGGCGCAUCCUGCUGCUGUGCAACCAGAUACCUGGACUCCUCGGCCUGGGCAUCCUGCUCUGCCUGCCGGAGUCGCCCAAGUAUUUUCUGUCGAUCGGCGAUCAGGAGAGGGCCUUGCGGGUCAUGGAGAGGGUCUGCCGGAUGAACAAGGGCAAAGAUGCGACCCUGAACAGCUUGGGGGUGAAGUCCCUCACUCAGCCCCGUCUGCUCAACCCGUCAAUGACUUAUGGGCGGUGCCAUGACACCAAGACUCUCCUGGUCACGUACGCCAAAUUCAUGGGUAUUUUCUCCUUCAUCAUCUUUUCUCUGUGUGGAAUUGCCUUUGCAUUGCCCAUUUGGAUGGUGCGAAUCAGGAUUCUCACCUCUGAAGUUGAAGAGCGCCUGUCGGUCUGCGAACACUUGGAUGGCUACAGCCCAAAACGAAACCCUCCAAAGUGCCGCUUGAGCUACGAGGAUAUGAAGGAUCAACUCAUCCAAGGCUUCGUUGUCCUCGGCCUGUUCGUGGUAACCAGCCUGCUCCUGAUCUGCAUCAACCGCAAAGUGGUGAUUUUGUUCUACAUAGGAGCCGCCACUGGUGGCUGCCUGCUCCUCAACUUCGUGACGCACCCCUACGUGAUUCUGGCCAGCUUCCUAAUCGUGAUGGAUCCUCCCCUGUGCAGCAUCAGGUUGAUAGCCACCAUUCUCAUAGAUCUGGUGCCCACUCGUCUGAGGGGAAAGGCCCUGGCUUUGACCAGCAUUUUGAGUCGCUGUGGCGUCUUGGUAAUUAGUUUGUACAUGGGUUACACCCUGUCGCGCUUCUGCUACGUUACCUUCAACCUCUUCAUCCUGCUGUUCUUGGUUUGCGGUGUCCUCGUGCACUUGCUACCUUCGGAAACAAAAAUGAAGAGCCUGACACAGUGAUGUCUCCUCUGGUUUUCCAUACUCAAUUUCAAUCAAUCGAGAAAGCAUAUUGGCAAAGGCAACCGACUUAUUAAUGAACAAGCACAAUAAUUUGCCAAAUAGCUCCGUGUUAAAUUGUAUAGGAAAGGAGAAAAGUUUGGAGUGGGCACAACAUUGGAUAUCUCGAGGAUUUAGAGGCUUGGAGAAGGUGCUUUCCCAAUCAGCGGGUAAAUUCUGUAUUUCCCACACAGAAUUUACCCGCUGAUUGGGAAAGCUCACAAUGGCUGAUAUUUUUCUUGUGCCACAGAUUGGCAAUGCUAGAAGAGAUACAAAGCUGACUUAAGCUCAUAUCCCACCUUUGUUCGUUUGGACCAGGACUUGCAGACACUCAUCCCAAUAAACAGCCACCGAAAAAAUAAUCCUAUUGCAAUUUGCCUGAUAAUAAACGUGUAAUCAAUUUUAUUACCCAAAUAAAAUAGUUUUCUACAUUUCAUUUACAAAAAAUACUGCCUGCUUU